AGCCUGUCACUGUUGUUUGUGAGUACACAUACUUUGCAGAGCUCAAACCCACAGCCGGACAGCCACACUGCCACCACCAUGAGAGAGUUCAAGAGCAAGGACUUCUGGAGGGCCGUUCUGGCCGAACUGGUUGGCAUGACCCUUUUUAUUUUCCUCAGCAUCUCCACAGCUAUUGGGAACCCGAACAACACCAAACCAGACCAGGAGGUGAAAGUAUCACUGGCCUUCGGGCUGGCCAUCGCCACGCUGGCCCAGAGUUUAGGUCACAUCAGCGGAGCCCACCUGAAUCCUGCAGUGACCCUGGGGAUGCUUGCCAGCUGCCAGAUCAGCGUGUUUAAGGCGGUCAUGUACAUUGUGGCCCAGAUGCUUGGUUCAGCCCUGGCCAGUGGCAUUGUGUAUGGAACACGUCCAAGUGGCAAUGCUGCACUGGGGCUAAAUGCUCUCAAUGGUGUCACUCCCAGCCAAGGCGUGGGCAUAGAGCUCCUGGCAACCUUCCAGCUGGUGCUAUGUGUCAUUGCAGUCACUGAUAAAAGGCGGCGUGAUGUCACCGGCUCAGCACCCUUAGCCAUUGGUCUUUCAGUCUGCCUGGGACACUUGGCAGCGAUCAGCUACACAGGCUGUGGCAUCAAUCCCGCUCGCUCCUUUGGUCCGGCUUUGAUCCUGAACGAUUUUACGAACCACUGGGUGUACUGGGUGGGGCCAAUGUGUGGUGGUGUAGCAGCAGCUCUCAUAUACGACUUCAUGCUGUCCCCCAAAUUUGAUGACUUCCCCGAGCGCAUGAAGGUCCUGGUCAGUGGCCCAGUGGGUGAUUAUGACGUUAACGGAGGCAAUGACAAUACAACUGUGGAGAUGUCGUCAAAAUAGUCCCACAAAGUCACAACCACUUAGUUCCAUUGUACAUGUCUAUACUCUUGUAAAAAAAAAAAAAAAAAAAGCAUUUGAAUUUAACAUAGAUUGACAUUGUUUUUGUGCUAUUUUGAAAUACCAAUGAGGAUUGUGGUAACGGGACAGUUAGUCUCUUUCUAAUUCACUCCUUUGUUUGACUUCACAUACAAUUUUCAUCGAAACUGCAGCUCAUCAUACAAGUCGAGGUUAUAAGAAUCUUGACGGAGCAGUUUGUUGAAAUUUUGUCCCAUAUCAGUAUUCUAUGAUGAGCCAUUUUUUGUAUACUUUAUGUGCUUGUAUCACUUAUUUCUGAUGGAUAAUGUUUUGUGUGUACACUCUUGAAAUGUCACUUUUUUAAGUAAAUAAAACACUUGUUGUUAA